AUCUCUAGACUCAAUAAUCGACAGCUACCCAUCGCUAAUGUGAAAUCUCUAAAUCGAAAAAAAUAAAGAAAAAAAUUAAAUAAAAGAAAGCAAGUGAUAAUUACGCACGAAAUGCUGCGUUUGGGCCGUCAAUUGUGCCGCCAAGUUGACGGCAUGAGGCAGAAUGCAUACAGCGUCACAGGGAUUGCGAACCUACAGGUGGUCAGCAGAAAGAUGACACAACAGCGAGUGCGCAUGGAUUGGACUACAAUUCCACCUCCAGCGGCCAAAGAAAAGGAGAAGAUCACCGGUCUGGGAUGGUUCUUGCUGCUCAUUCCAGCCACAACAUUCGGCUUGGGCGUCUGGCAAGUGAAGCGCAAAAUAUGGAAGGAACAAUUGAUCAAGGAUCUAAAAGAGCAGUUGAGCGCAGCGCCAGUCCACCUGCCGGACAAUCUCAGCGAUCUGGAUCUUAUGGAGUACCGCCUGGUAAAGAUACGUGGUCGGUUUCUGCAUGAAAAAGAGAUGCGCAUGGGUCCCAGAUCGCUCAUUCGUCCUGAUGGUGUAGAGACCCAAGGAGGGCUGUUCUCCCAGCGGGAUUCAGGCAAUGGUUAUCUUAUAGUUACGCCUUUUCAGCUAGCUGACAGAGAUGACAUUGUCCUGAUUAAUCGGGGUUGGGUGUCGCGGAAGCACGUGGAACCUGAAUCCCGGCCCUUAAGUCAACCAAAGUCGGAAGUGGAGAUCACAGCCGUGGUGCGUAAGGGAGAAUCACGUCCUCAAUUCACACCUGACCACAAAGGAGGCAAUGUCUACCUAUAUCGCGACCUGCCACGCAUGUCCUCCUCCACAGGAGCGGCGCCGGUGUUCCUGGAUGCCAUAUACGAUGAGCAGACAGCUAAGAGCGGCCCAAUUGGGGGCCAAACCCGUGUAACCAUGCGCAAUGAUCACUUGUCGUACCUGGUCACCUGGUUCAGUUUGUCAGCAGCCACAAGCUUCCUCUGGUACCGACAGAUAGUCAAGAGAAAACCCUUCUAGUUAAAUUCAAUCUUGUUAUUUGUAUAAAAUUUACAAGCUUCGUGUAAA